AUGGGGUUCAUACCAAACAGCACUGGCAUUCUCCACGCCUCGGUCUGUGUUGCCGUAGGCAGGUGUGUCCUUGGCGCAUGCGUAGUGCGUCUCUGCACUUGCUGGCAGGCUGGCGCCGCGAGCCCCGUCAACCAGCGGAAGCAGCAGCAGCGAAGCCACCGCGGCAGCCGCAGCAGCAGUAGUUCGCCCCCUCCUCCUCUCAGGACUAUAUGGCAUGUCCAAGAGGCUGGUUCUUCUUCCAAGAGGCACAAUGGAAAAAUCAAACUCCUGACCUCUGGCUCUGCAGCCAGGACAAAAUUGAGAACCAAGCCUGCACCUGAAGCCACGAGUAUGAAUAGUCAGUGGGAUGUGAACAGAGCACUAACUCUUGCUGGCUUCUUCAAUUUUCUCUAUGGUGCUGGAAAUGCUUGCACAAUUCCAUUUUUAACUCUGUACUUUCGGGAGCUUGGACUGAGCCCACCAUUAGUAGGAAUUGUAAUAGGACUCAAACACUUAAUCACAUCCCUGUGGGCCCCAUUAUGCUCUUAUCUUGCAAAAACCUACAAUAAAAGGAAAGCUCUUAUCAGUGGAUCUCUACUGUGCUCAGCUGGAGCAGGUUUGGUCCUUACUCUCGUCCCACCAAUGAGCAAGGACAUUGUCUAUACAUACUGUAACAUGAGUCAGCACCCAGGUAAACUAUUGGUUGCAACCCAGGUGCCUUAUAUCAACAAGAACAGUCUGAGUACAGUGAAUACAAGACCUGCUCCUGAUGACAAAAUGCUCUCUACAGAAACAAUUGGAACAGCCUCAAAGGACCUGCUGACUGCCGCAAAUUUGACAGAUGUAUAUACACCAAUCAAAACAUAUUAUCCUGUACAUGUACCUCCUGUGACAGACAGCAGAGUUGGUGAUGUGCAUAUAGAUACACAGCAAUUCAACAACGUCCCUUCUAGUGUGACAUUAGAUGGUUCGGCAGCAGAAAUAGCCUUAGUAGAAAAAAUGUUAGAGAUAUCUACUAUGAAUGGGCCUGUGAAGGCAACCAGAAGUCCAAAUACUGGCAUCAUGAAUGUGAAAGAGAAUUUCAUGAGAAAUGACUCUUCAAGGAGAAGUUCUAACUUCACAUUUCAUACGGCCCUGAUGAGCCUUACAGAGACACCCUACAUAUUAAAAAACCUAUCUGGACGUUGGGAAAGAGCACAGGAUGUGAGCUCUCAGUUACUAGAGGGCACUGAGUUCUUGGACAGUGAGCAUAAGGUCUUUCUUAUGGUGCUAGGUGUUGUUGUGCUUUGGGAGCUCCUAGCUGCACCUCUUGGGUGGAUGGUUGAUGACAGCUUGUAUGAGUAUCUUGAUUUUGUGGAUGCUGCAGACAAACAUGGGAACCUUUGGAUCUGGAAUUACUUAGGCACUUCUGUAGGAGCAUGCAGCAUAGCAAUAUUUGUUGAUCAGCUGAAUUGCUUUUUAAGCACCAACUUCCCACGCUCUGUGGUACAUUUUUAUGGCUAUGCGUCGUUGAUAACUUUAACAUUACUUGUCAGCAUCUUCUUUCCUAUCCAUGUGUCCAAAAAAAAUGAACACAUCAAUAAAACUGUCAAGGCUUUGAGCCUCAUUGGGAGUGAUGGCCGGACCAUCCUGUCUGCUGUCACUGUCUUCCUCACAGGGGCCAUUGGGUCAACUGUGCAGAAUUUUCUUUUCUGGCAAAUGCAAGACCAAGGCAGCAAUGAAUUAUAUAUGGGCCUCUCUGUUGCCAUUGGACUAGUUGUUGAAAUCCUCCUCUAUUUCUUCAAAAGCAAGUUGCUAACAGCUCUCUCUGGUGGUGGCACAGUUGCCUUGAGUUUAAGUUGCCUGGUGGCCCAGCUCCUCUAUUAUUCUUUCCUGUGGGAUAGUUGGGUGGUGCUGCCAAUUCAGAUCUUAUGUGCCUUCAGCAAUGGUGCCUUGUGGUGGGCUGUGAACAUGCAAGCAGAUGACAUUGCCACUCCUGGCACAGAAAGGUCUCUGCACCUUGUCCUGAAAGACCUUUCGUAUGGAUGUGGAGCCAGUCUAGGCAGCUUUGCAGGAGGGUUUGUUGUGAACAGUUUUGGCCUAGCAGUGCUCUACAGAGCAUGUUCUAUUACUCUGAUACUCUGGCUGAUCUUGUUUUUAAUUGUCCAGUCCAAGUUGCCACGGCAGAAAAAAAUUAAUUAUUCCCGCCUCCUUGCUGCAGAUUCCAGUGAUAUGAGUGACUCUGAUGAUGAUAAGGAACGGGACUGGCUGGUAAAGGCAAUGAGGGAUGAACACUUCAAUAGAAAUUGGUAAAAAUUUUACAUUCCACUAAUCUGUUACCCACAGAACAUACGUGAAAAA